AUGAGCAAACCCUCUCAGCCUUCGCGCCGUCUCCUCAUCUUCCAGGAGACGCGCAACCCGCAAAACAGCGCGGAGAUGGUCUACCUCCCCGUCAACAAACUUGGUCUUCCUGUUUGCGGUGAUGGACCGGAAUUGCCAUCUAUUUUAGAACUGCCGUUACGGAGUUUGCGCUUUUUUACGGAGCUUUUCAAUCAGCCUAAGUACAAGGGAUGGGCUGUUCUUUCGGCUGGUCCUUACCAUGAUACCUCCGAAGAAGGAAAAUUCUACGCCGUGGUCUUGGAACAGAAUCAAGUUCAUACGCAUGGACAACCAGAAGGAGCUAUGGGGUCAUCGAUGGGGUCGGCCUGA